CCGUCAUAAAACACAAACGAAGAAGAGGAGUAAGGUGAACAACAACAUACAUACAAGCUCCGAAGCACAGAUUGGAAAUAAAUGUUUAGUAAAAGUUUUACAGAGCAUUAAUGAAAUCUCAGGAAUAGUGCAAUGUAAAAAAUGGAGCCUAUUAAAUCGGAGAUUGUGGACAUGAAUGAGGCAGAACCCAGCAGAGUGAACACUGAGGAGCAAAGAGGUCUUUUGGAGGUAAAAGAGGAAUGUCAAGAAAUAAAUGAAGUGGAGGGGAAACAUCAGUAUCCGGAUCCUCAUAAUUUUAAACCUGGAGAAAAAUCUUUGACUUUUGAAAAUAAUUAUUUUCAGUUUUUGAGAAGAAGAUCUCAAAGAACUGAGGUAGAACAUUCUUUCACAUGCAAGCAGUGUGGAAAGACUUUCACUCGUAAACAACUCCUUGUUGACCACAUACGAAUUCACUUGGGGUUGGAGCCCUUCACAUGUGAUCAGUGUGGAAAGAGUUUUGUGCGUAAAGCACUCUUGAAUGAUCACAUGAGAAAUCACACUGGACAGAAGCCUUUCGCAUGCCUUCAAUGUGGAAAGAGUUUCUCUGUUAAGGGAGACCUUAAGCUUCACAUGGAAAUUCAUAUUGGAGAGAAACCUUACAGCUGUGAUAAGUGUGAAAAGAGUUUCAACCGUAAAGGACUUCUAAUUGAUCACAUGAGAAUUCACACUGGAGAAAAACCUUUCUUAUGUGAUCAGUGUGGAAAGAGUUUCAUUCGUAAAGCACUUCUGAACGAUCACAUGCGAAGUCACACCGGAGAGAAGCCUUACAGAUGCUCUCAAUGCGGGAAGCGUUUCUCACUUAGAGGAAACCUUAAUUGUCACAUGAGAAUUCAUACUGGAGAGAAGCCUUACAAAUGUGAUCAAUGCGGGAAGAGCUUCACAUUUAAAGGAAAACUUAAGCAUCACUAUAGAAUUCACACUGGAGCGACACCUUUCACAUGCAAUCAGUGUGGGAAGAAUUUUGCACAGUCAGACAGCCUUACAUAUCAUCUGCGCUCUCAUGCUGGAAUAAAGCCAUUUAAAUGUGAUCAGUGUGGUGAAGCAUUUAUUUUGGGAUCACGUCUUAAAAAACACAUGAAAGUUCAUGCAAAUGAGAGGCCUUACUUUUGCUCUAUUUGUGGAAAGACAUUUUCACGACUGGACUGUUUUAAAAUGCACCAUAAAGUUCAUACUGGAGUAAAAGCUCAUGUGUGCUCUGAGUGUGGAAAUAGCUUCGGCAGAGCCGGCGACUUGAAAAUUCACCAAAGAAUCCAUACUGGAGAAAAACCGUACAAGUGCUCACAUUGUGACAAGAGAUUCAAUCAGUUAGGGCAGCUGAAACUACAUGAGCGAGUGCACACUGGAGAGAAGCCGUACCAGUGCCCUUCGUGUGGGAGGGGUUUCACCUCCUCAAGUGCUCGAUUGAUUCAUGUGAGGAAGCAUUGUCCAAAGUUGUCAAAGUGACCUAUCUGAUUUAACCCAAUUAAUUUUGUAUCUACAACAAUGAGCAGAUGAUGAGCAAAGAUGAGCAGUUACAUUCAACGGAUAUUUGCUUUUAAAAAAUCAUUAUCUGUAUUGGUGAAUCUUUUGCAAAAUUGAUCUAAUUAAAUUUAUUUUGGUCAUACCAAUAU